CACAGCGCCGCCAAGAUUGGAAACAAGUGUCACGCGGCAAAAAUGUCAAUUAUGACGUCGAUACCCGAUGGAACUCGACCUAUGUCAUGAUUCAGGACGCCCUCAAACUCAGCUCGGGCAAUUUGUUCGGAUACGUCCAGAAGUGCAGGCCCUUCAGCUUACCGCCGACGAAUGGUCGACACUUCAGCAAGUAGCCAAGAUUCUCAAGCCGUUCUGGGACCACACAAACUCCGUUUCGAAGUCUUGCCCAACAAUUGUUGGAAAGUCUACCGAUUUACUGGAGCCUGGACGACUUGUUGAAUGACGUUCGAAAUGCGGUGGGGGAUCUUGAAGACGUGAACAUUGAGGCACGCGAUGCGGUGGAAGGAGGGAUACGAAAGAUGAACAAGUUUGCUAGAAAAAUGGACGACAACCUUCUUUACUAUGUGGCUUCUGUGCUGGAUCCGCGCAUCAAGUCAUCUUUGAUUGUGUCUCUGAUGAGCGAACAGGAUUCGGGGCUUAUCGUCUCUCAAGUGCGGGAAUUUUUAAAAAUAUAGUACCCCCCAGAGCCAUCCGUUUCGCGUGAAGUUGACCAUCCACGUCCGCCGGGCAUGUCGGAAACAAUGUGGAGAACUCUAUGCAAAGUCCAGUCACCCAAAGAAGCUUCUUUGUCGGAUAUUGAUAAGUAUUUGGAUUCCCCGCUGGUCGACUAGUCCCACCAUAUGAUCAGUGAUGCGGAUGCAGAAUGGGU